AAACCAAUUUCACCUCCACAUGUGAAACUAGGAAAUAAACACGCCAAAAACUAUAUUUUUUUACUUCCCAGAUUUUUUAGGGAAGACCAGACUGCUGCUGAUUGGUCGACCACCAGGAGCUGUGUUAUAAACAGAAGCACCACCGCCUCUUCACAACGCAAACUCUUCACAGUUCAGUUCACUUUCGUAGUGAGCUUUAUGACACACUCUUUAACUGCCACUGCAUGAAAUCACAUGGAGGUGCUCUUGUGCUCACAUGACAGUCUGAACCAUGGCAGGAGAGAUCAAUGAAGGUGUUGUUCCUCUUUUAGGCUCAGUUCCUGCCUAUUACAGAGAAGUAUAUGAGGCCGUCCGCUGUAGGACAGAUGAAAGAGUGCAGGUUGAAGUUUUUCAGAGGUUGCUCCAAAGGACCGAUCUCUCCAAGGCGGUUCUAGGCCAGAUUGCUGAGCAUGUUGAGUCCACAGAUGGAUUCCUGAACAAGUUGUCCCUCUAUAAAGCGCUCGCUUUGAUUGCUCUCGCUCAGCAAGGAAAGCAACCAAGCCCCAAACUCUUGGAGAACUGCAUACAAGAGUUACCGAAACCUCAGCUCGGGGAGCCGAGGGACUUAAGCGCACUGAGGAUGCAGCCGGCUCAGGAUGACGUGCUGACGGUGCCCCAGACACUGGACAAACUGCUGGCCAGAGACACGAUCCAAGUGGAGCUCAUACCAGAGAAGAAGGGCCUAUUCCUCAAACAUGUGGAGUACCAGGUCACCAGCCAGCGUUACAAGAUAUCAGUUUAUCGACGCUAUAGUGACUUUGAUGUCUUCCACGAGGUUUUGCUUCAGAGAUUUGCCUACAGAGUUGUGCCAGCGCUGCCACCUAAGAGGAUGUUAAAGGGAGUCCUGACUUCCGUCUCUGAGCGUGAGUUCAUCGAGGGGAGGAGGCGUGCUCUCGGCAGAUUCAUUAACUUGGUGGCACGGCAUCCCUUCUUUUCAGAGGACGAGCUGGUCAAGACUUUCCUCACCUUCAGUGGCUCUGAUGUUCAGACUAAGCUGCGUGACAUUUACAAGAAAACCGGCGAUGAGUUCAUGACCAACAGAAUCGCAACCCUGGCGAAGGAAUAUCUCCCCGCUGAUAUUCAGGCUCAGUUCUCAACAAGCAGAGAGCUGAUCAGAAAUAUUCACAACAGCUUCCACAAGCUGCGGGACAGAGCUGAGAAAAUAGCGGAGCGCUCUAAGGAGAAUGCAACUGAUCUCCUCCAGUUUGGCAGAGAGCUCAGUAUGCUGGGCUCAGAUACUACACCUCUUCCUUCCUUGGCCUCUUCACAAAGCACUUGGGGGACUCUGCGUCAGUCUCUAAAAAGUCUGUCUGUGGAGUUCGCUGUGCUAUCUGACAAAGCUGCUCAGCAGGGUAGACGGGAAGAGGAUGAUGUUGUGGAAAAACUGAAUCUUUUCCUGGAUCUGCUGCAAUCGUACAGAGAUCUUUGUGAGCGCCAUGAGAAGGGCGUGCUCCACGAACACCAGAGAGCCCUGCACAAGUACGGUAUGAUGAAGAGGCAGAUGAUGAGCGCGACUGUGCAGCCCAAAGAGCAGGCAUCUGUGGAGCAGCUUGAAUCAAGAAUUGUUCAGCAAGAAAACGCCAUUCAGACCAUGGAGCUGCGGAACUACUUCUCCCUGUUCUGCCUUCAUCAAGAAACACAGCUUAUCUUCAACUACCUUCCAAUCACAUCCCACAUUCUGGGAGCUUUUGUUAACUCCCAGGUCCAAGGACACAGAGAGAUGGGAAAGGUGUGGAACGAACUCCAGCCAAAACUGGGAUGUCUCUUUGGUGGUAAUAACGGAUUGAAACCCCCCCUCUAAGACCUGAAUACACACGAGGUGCAGGAGAGAAGCACUGCCGCUCAUGAGGAUCACAAACUGGAAAAUGACUCGCUCUGUGAGCUAAAGAGAAAUGUAGAAUGCACGACUUUUCUUCUUCUACAAAGUCUUCUUUUGCGCAACAUACAUUACCUUCAGUAAGAGGAUUUUUAAUACUGUAUAAGUGGCUUUCUCAACUUCUCAAUGUUUUACCUUCUUGGGUUUGAUCAUCAACCUGUUAUCACCUGUAACUGGAAGAGACUGUGGGCUCAUAAAUUAAUGUCCAUUUCCAAAUCAACUUUUACAACUGCCAUCAAGGAAGGAGAAUCCUCUGAGCUCUUUAAUUUUUACAAGGGACCUGUCAGCUUGUCAGACGUGAAGAAUGACAUUAUAUAACUCUAUUCCUAAUUUACAUGUUUUUAACUUACUUUGCAAAAAGUUAUAUACACUAAGUUUAAAAACAAGUGACACAAAAGGGACAGAAGGUUUUACUUUAUUACAGGAUAGGAUUAUUUUACAUUUCCAGUCAUGAAGGUUUUUAGAUUAAAUAACUUUUGAGCGAUGUGUUUUUGAUACAGAUUUCAGAUUAUAAGGAUGUGUAGCAGCAUACUUUAUAUUUUUUAUGGACACUGUGCUAUUUCUCUUACUAUUAAAGUGUUUACUUUCAUGUA